AUGUAUUCCUCUACCAGCACAACGACGUGUGAGAUGCUUUCUACCUCUCAGGCUUCUUUUAUCGACUUGUCCGUUGAACGUCAUUCCUUCAUACGCCGCAAUACUCAUCCGUUUUACUCUCGUUAUGUUGUACUCCGUGAGCUCGGGUCGGGGGGCUUUGGGACAGUCCUUCUAGCUGAGCACAAACGUACAGGUACCAAGAGGGCGGUGAAACAGAUACCCAAGACGCACGUUGGAACUGAUAAGGUAGUGUUCGAGCACGAGAUCGCCAGUCUGCUCGCCUUGGACCACCCUCACAUAGUCAAACUGAUCGAGUACUUUGAAAAUGAAGUUAACUACUACCUAGUGUUCGAGCUCUGUGCGGGACCAGAUCUGUUCGACCACAUCAUCCACGUCUUCGAGAGUAGAGAGAACGGCUUUCAGGAGGAAGAGGUAGCUACUAUUAUGCGGCACAUGCUGAAGGCUGUUGUGGGGUGUCAUCACAACAAUAUCAUACACAAGGAUAUUAAACCUGAGAACUUCAUGUUCCGAUCGAAGGAUACAGCCAGGUCGUCCAUCAAGAUGAUAGACCUGGGCUUAGCUGAGGUGAGCACCGAUUUGGAGCGUAAACUGUUCGAAGAGGACAACGUUACAGCGGGUACACCAGCGUAUAUGGCACCAGAGGUCGUCGCUGAUGGCGUCUAUGGUACAGCAUCGGACAUGUGGUCCUUGGGGGUCAUCUCGUAUGCGCUCUUCACAGGGGAGCCUUUAUUUGGUGCUGACUGUGCGGACUCCCCAGCCGAGAUCUUGGACGAGGUCCUCGAUCCUGAUUUCCUCGAGAGGCGUUUGAAGAACCCAAGUCUGGUGGAUAAGUCUGUGGACGCUAAGGAUCUUCUUAGGCGCCUUCUUGAGAGGGAUCCUCGCAAACGUAUUACCCCGGAGGAAGCACUGAAGCACCCAUUUAUCCGCAGCAUUUUGAGCAAGGCUGGCGAGGCUAGUGAUGGUGACACGAUAUGUAUUGACAUGAGAUUUGCCCACCUCUUUGACUCACACUGUGUUGAGCGAAUGGAGCGGUUCACUCGUCUGCCGACAUUGAAAAGGAUGGCUAUGAUGAGUGCAGCCCACCUGAUAGACGACGACUCAGUAGCGGCCCAGCAGCACACCUUCCGUAUGUUUGAUCAGAAUGGAGAUGGCUACGUGUCGUUUGCCGAGUUGGAGGACGGUCUGAGAAGGGCUGGAGUGAGGGUGUCUGGCAAUCUUCGUAAAGUGUUUGCUAGAGUUGACUUGGACAACAACGAUGCCCUCAACUAUAAUGAGUUCAUGGCCGCAACACUGUGUGAUACGGAUCUCAGUGAGGAUCUAGCAUUACAAACCUUUGAUAUGAUGGACAUAGAUGGUGAUGGAUAUAUAUCCCCCAAGGACUUGGUCGACUUUGAGCCCAAUAUCGUCUCGGUGGAGCACGCUGUCGAUGUGUUGCUCGAGGCGUUCCCUGAGCUGGUAGAUACUGUUGAACGAGGCAUUUCUGCAGAGGACUUCGUUCGGCUCUAUUUGGCUAAAGCUCCGCCUUUGGAAACUGUCAACUGCCCUUUACAUGAUAAUUGA